AGAAGUAAAACUACAACUAGGAAAGCCAUGCUGCAACUAUAUAAGUUAUUGUGUAAGUGUGGGAUUUAAACACUGGAUAUGCUUGCCCCGUAAUUACUUAAGAAAACUGAGGUUAGAGGCAAAAUGGAUGAGCCUGGACCUUCAAACCACUCUUCUUUGUUGGAAGACACCUCAAUAGAGAUGCAAUUAAUGGAGGCACAAGCUUGCAUUGCAAGGAUGAAACAAGAGAAAAUACAAUUAGAAACAGAUUUUGAAUUUAAACGAAGUAGAAUAAAGGAACUUUACUUUGCAAAAGAGACCACCAUAAGAGAACAGAAUGCCAAGCUGUUUGAAGCCAGCAAACAAAUAAGUGAACAGCAACAACAGUUUGAACUUUUGAAGGAAGAAUCAGAGAAUAUUAAAAUGAUUGCAUCAGUUUCUGAGAAUACAAAACAGGAAGCAGUGGAAGAAUUGAACAAACAUCAUUUACAAGAAAUAGAAUCGCUUCGUUGUGUUUUACAAGAUUCAAUGGAGGAGCAGAGAGUAGAUCUUCUUCGUCAGUUUGAGCAGGAGAGGAGGAGAUGGGAGGAUGAAAGAUCAAGGAUCGAACGUGAGCGAGAUGAUGCGGUUGCUGGGAGCAUGAAGAGGGAAGAUGAUGAACAAGAUAUGGAGGAUCAGGAGCUGGAAGCGAGCAUGAUGAAGGCACAAGAAGAAGCAGAGAAACUGAAGUCUGUAGUUUUACCGCUAGAAAAAGAAAUUAAAGAUUUAAAAUCAAAACUUGUAGAAAUGGAAGAAAGAUUAAGACAAUUUCAAAAUGCAGAAAAGGAUUCAAAACCAAAGCGGCGUUUGGAGAAAAGUUACAGCGACGCAGGUAUGCGUCGGAAUUCUUUGUUUGAAUUCAACCUCUUUGAAAAAGAAUCGAGCCAAGAUGCCGAAAAAGUUUCCUUGAAUGAACUUGAGGAAUAUGUAGAAGUGGUAAACUCACAACGGUUGGUGUUGCAGCAGGAAAACGAGGUUUUAAAGCAAGAGAUGCACGAAAUGUGUCGAUUGUUGGAGAAUGAACAAAGUAAACACAAAGCAACGAAGAAAGAUCUCACCGCAGUCAAUCAUCAACUUAAUGAAUACAAGAGCAUUGUGUUGGUGGGAGAAUGUGGGGUAUUCCCCAAAACCAGUACCAUACAUGAGGAACCCCAGUACGUAAACAUCAACAUAGGAGUUACUGAGGCCGAUAACAUUGCUUCAGAUAAUCUACAACAUGUAGCAGCUGCUCUUGAGAAUUGUGAGCUGACAGAGCAAGAUACUCCAUCAUCACAGCAUGCUAUGGUGGGGAAACCAGCCUCUAUGUUACAUGAGGUCAUCGAACACGACACGAUAUCUAUGUCUUCAACUUCUUCCACACCUGGUGCUACUUUAUCCAUUGUUGAUGAUACUUCUUGUAAUAGAGUUAACUCUGCUCCUCAACUUAAUCUGAUUGGACGAGAAUCCAAACCACUGAAUGAAUCAAACACUGUGGUCGACUGGACUGAACUACCAUCACAGACCUCAAGAAAAGCAAGCAAAGUUUCGGUGAAUUUGUUUGAGGAAGAACCUUCGCCAGAACAACAGAAAGUAAUCGACGACCAACAUCGAAUGUUACGAGUACAAGAUAAGAAGAUUAAACAUUUAGAAGUGGAGUGCGAGGAACUUCGUGAGAAGAUAACGAUGUUAACGAAACAACGAGAUAACGCGAUCAAACUUCGGUUUGACCUCGAAGAGUCGGUAAAAAGUUCAUCGGAAGAAGCGAGGAAGAAGAUCCUCACUUUGUUCGUGAAGAUUGAGAACUUGGAGCGAAUGAUGGAGGAGAACAAGACGUGGCAGAAGAGCAAAGAGACAGAGGAUGAUAAGAGAUUGACAAACUUAAUGCGAGAUCGCGACAGACUACGAGAUGAGUCAGCAAAAGUGAAGCGGGAACAUGACUGGACAAAAAGUUUGAUGGAACGAAACAAAAGGGUUUUGAACAAAGAUGCCACUCUCCCCUGCACUGUGGAAGGCUUGAAAGAAACCUUGGAACGAUAUAGGGAAGCUCUCGUUACUUUCCAAGUUGAAAAAUCUCUAAUGGAAUCAAAACUACAAAGUGAAAUCAACUUUUUAAAAGAAACAAUACAAGCAGAACAGGUUGCAAAGGAACAACUUGAAGAUUCUUUAUCUUCUGAUCUUGAAGAAGCAAAGCGAGAAAUAACAAAGUUGCAAUCAACCAACCAGAGGAUGCUUAAAGAUGUGAUGGAGAAACAAGACUUGCAGAACCAGAUAGAGAAAGACCAGUUAUCCAUUGCGUCAAUACGUUCGAAAUCAAAGGAAAUUAUUCAAGGUUUGAGGGAAAAACUGAUGUCUGAGGUUUCUACAAAGGAGCAACUAGAAGGGGAACUGUCAGUAACAAAGAACCAGGUUAGAUCUCUACAAGAAUCUCUUGAGACAAGCGAGCAAGUUCAGCGGGAUUUUGUCCGUUUGUCUCAAUCUUUACAGAUGAAACUUGAAGAAGUUCGGCAAAAAGAGGAAGAAAAAAGUGAAAAGCCAAGUGAGGUAGACACGGAUCCAUCUGGAACUUCUUUUCAUAUUUCUUCGAAACCUACAGACACUCUAAGGUAGUUAGACAGACGUGGGCAUGAGGUCAAUUCAAAUCCAAGCGCUGGUGAUGGUAUUAAGGUCAUGGUGAAUUCUCUUAUGUUGUCUGUAAUAUACAGCCAAGCUGUUGGUUUCAUAUGGUACUGGUUAUAACUCGCACAUAAGGGCCUAACAGACGUUGUUUGGUACACAAUGCCCAUGACUAAAACUUCCGUCCUACCUCUUAAGUUAUAAAGGAAAGAUUUUACAAACUAGUCGCAAAACCUGUCUAAAGUUGGAUAAACCAGUUUAUAAACCUUCACAAAUUACAAUAAUGCAAAGAUAUUUCACACAAUGAAGUUAUUGAUAUGAACUUUUAAAUGCGGAGACGAAAUAUCGCAUGAGUUCCAAAAGUGCAAUAUAAAUGCGCAAGAUUUUAGUUGAUGUAGAACUAUCCUUAUGCUAUUUGUGCGAUGUCAAAAUGUCCUUUAUUAACCAGUGUUUGUGCUCACAUAUGCGUUUGUAUCGCGCGGCGCCGUCUCAUGCCCAAACACCGCACGUCUCGAAUUUUUCCACUGUGACCAUACUGUACACAAGACCCCACAAACUGGAGAAUAUUUCCCUCAAAAGUAUCGUGGGUGCAAAAUAUUUAACUCAUUCAGCGCUCUUCAAAUCAUAUCAAAACCUCAAACCUGGUUUAAUGAAUUGCUGUUACCUGAGAUAAAGAAACAUGGACUGAGCUCUUGCUUAACUUACUAAAGUACAUCAGCCUAUUAAUACAUGCACUAACGUUUA